CUGGUAGAGCGUCGGUUGUAGCACUCUGUGCGCCUGCUCCUCCCAGCUCGUUCCUCCUCUGCAGCCGCUCCGCAGUCGCCGCCGCCAUGAGGGAGAUCGUGCACCUGCAGGCUGGGCAGUGCGGCAAUCAGAUUGGCGCCAAGUUCUGGGAGGUGAUCAGCGACGAGCAUGGCAUUGAUCCUACCGGCACGUACCACGGAGAUAGCGACCUCCAGCUGGAGCGUAUCAACGUGUACUACAACGAGGCCACCGGUGGCAAGUAUGUUCCCCGUGCCGUGCUCGUGGACUUGGAGCCGGGCACCAUGGACUCGGUGCGCUCAGGGCCCUUCGGGCAGAUCUUCAGACCUGAUAACUUCGUCUUCGGUCAGAGUGGGGCUGGGAACAACUGGGCCAAGGGGCACUACACAGAAGGCGCAGAGCUGGUUGACUCGGUGUUGGACGUUGUGAGGAAGGAAGCUGAGAGCUGUGACUGCCUGCAGGGCUUCCAGCUGACCCACUCCCUGGGUGGGGGGACUGGGUCUGGGAUGGGUACCCUCCUUAUCAGCAAGAUCCGGGAGGAGUACCCAGACAGAAUCAUGAACACCUUCAGUGUGGUACCUUCCCCUAAGGUGUCGGACACAGUGGUUGAGCCCUACAAUGCCACCCUUUCAGUACACCAGCUUGUUGAAAACACAGAUGAGACCUAUUGCAUUGAUAAUGAAGCACUCUAUGACAUCUGUUUCAGAACCCUAAAGCUGACCACACCCACUUAUGGCGACCUGAACCACCUAGUGUCCGCCACUAUGAGUGGGGUAACCACUUGCCUGCGAUUCCCUGGUCAACUCAAUGCUGACCUCCGCAAGCUAGCUGUCAACAUGGUGCCCUUCCCUCGCUUGCACUUCUUCAUGCCUGGCUUUGCCCCCUUGACCAGCCGGGGCAGCCAGCAGUACCGUGCCCUGACAGUACCUGAGCUCACCCAGCAGAUGUUUGAUGCCAAGAACAUGAUGGCCGCCUGUGAUCCCCGCCAUGGGCGCUACUUGACAUUGGCUGCUGUGUUCAGGGGCCGCAUGUCUAUGAAGGAGGUGGAGGAACAGAUGCUUACUGUCCAAAACAAGAACAGCAGCUACUUUGUUGAGUGGAUCCCCAACAAUGUGAAAACAGCUGUCUGUGACAUUCCACCUUGGUGUCUCAAAAUUUCUGUCACCUUCAUCAUCAACAGCACUGCCAUUCAGGAGCUGUUCAAACGCAUCUCAGAGCAGUUCACAGCCAUGGUCUGA